UUCAUACAGGGAAAUCAUAGAAGAAUAUUCGAAUGUAAUCCGAAAAGUCGCAAUGGAGCUCUUUUGAUCCCUUUCUCUGAUAAUGGGAAUGGACAAUGAAGCUCUGCUUAGACUGCAUAACAAUAGGUGCAGGGUUACCGAGUGAACUACUAUCCUCCUUGCUCCAAACCAGACCAAGUACUAGGUGCUAGUCCACAUUCCGACACCAGCACCAUAGCCAUACUUAUGCAGGACGAUGACGUGUGUGGAUUACAGAUUAAGCAUGACGACGAGUGGGUGCCGGUUAAUCCGAUCCCAAAUGCUUUAGUAGUGAACGUCGACGAUGUCGUUGAGAUAUGGAGUAAUGGCAAGUACAAGAGUAUCGAACAUAGAGCUGUUGCAAAUUAUAAUAAGGCAAGAAUCUCUUAUGCAACAUUCCUGGUUCCGCACGAUGAGGUCGAGAUUGAGCCCCUAGAUCACAUGAUAGACCCGAAAACAGAACAGCAGAUUUAUAAGAAAGUGAAAUAUGGGGAGUAUUUGAGGAGCUCCAUGAAGAGAAAAAUGGAGGGCAAAGCACAUACCAACAUGGCAAAGGUUGAAACUCUAGCCUAAGUAAAAAUUAGAAACUUUAUGUCGCUUUGUUUCU